UCUAUUCGUUGAAGUUUUUAGAGAAGCAAGUCCAAGGAAAAACAAAGUUUUUUAUUUUCCCAAAAAGAAUUUGAACUUAGAUUUAAAUUUUAACUAAUUUAAGAUAUACUCUUUUUGAUUUGAUUGAUUUUCUUUUAUAUUUUUGAAUGGUAUUUGUUCAUUUUGACCAAACAACGAUAGAAUGCAUUGAACUUUACAGAUAUGGCGGCGACUAGAAAACUUCAAGGAGAGAUAGAUCGUUGUUUGAAGAAAGUAACUGAAGGUGUAGAAACAUUUGAGGAUAUUUGGCAGAAGGUUCACAAUGCGACAAAUAGCAACCAAAAAGAAAAAUAUGAGGCCGACCUUAAAAAAGAGAUCAAGAAGCUGCAGAGGCUUCGAGAUCAAAUUAAAAGUUGGAUAGCUUCUGGUGAAAUUAAAGACAAAAGUAUAUUAAUGGAUAAUCGAAAGUUAAUUGAAACUCAAAUGGAGAGGUUUAAAGUAGUCGAAAGAGAAACAAAGACAAAAGCUUAUUCGAAAGAAGGUUUGGGAGCUGCCCAAAAAUUAGAUCCAGCCCAAAGAGAAAAGGAAGAAAUGCAACAUUGGUUGAACAAUUCCAUCGAUCAGCUGUCUAUUCAGACUGACUCUUUUGAGAGUGAAAUAGAACAAUUGCUUUCAAAGGGCAAAAAGAAACUGGAUAAAGACAAACAAGAACGAAUGGAUGAGUUAAAAGGAAGAUUAGAGAGGCAUAGGUUUCACAUACAAAAAUUAGAAGCGUUAUUGAGAAUGUUAGUUAAUGAAUCUGUUGAAGUAAAACAGAUCAAACCAAUAAAAGACAAUGUGGAUUAUUAUAUUGAAUCGUGGAAAGAACCCGAUUUUCAGGAUAAUGAAUUCAUAUAUGAUGAUAUAAUUGGAUUGGAUGAAGUAGAGUUAUCUGGAGUAGGCCUGCCAUCAUCGGCUACGACGGAUAGUAAUGAUACAGGUGGUACACCGACGUCAAUGAUCUCUGGUUCGUCUCCGAUACCGUCCCCAGCGCCAUCUUCAGGUGGUUUGGCUAAUUCGACAGCAUUUAAUCAUUCCAUUGAAACCAAUGCCAUUGAGGAGAAAAAAGCCAUCUCUAAAGAAGUUCAACAGCAGCCAAAACCAGUCAAGCCUAUGGCUGUUAGGGCUACGUCUGCAUCUCUAAACAGUAGUACAAAUUCGGUACUGAAUUAUAGUAGUGCUAGUGCAACGUCCACACCAUCUGGUAAGGGUAAAACGACUACUUUAACCAGUAGUACGCCUAGUAAGAUUAUUCUAGCAGCGCGAGAGAACUCUCCCAUUAUUUCAAGCAUGUCGACGGUCAGCAAUUUCGCAGCUGCAGCAGCCAAUAACCUCAGUUCGAAGUUGAUAACUAAUAGUGGCGAAAGCAACUCAUCUGUGAUACCCAAUGUUAGUCAAGCACCCCAACAGAGUUUAUUAAACUCCAUCAACACAUCAGCUGUAAAUUUAUCCAUUACUUCACAGACAUCUACAAAUUCUACUAGUUCAUCCCAGAAGCCUAAUGAAGGUACAGUACAAAAUAAUUGCACGCCGGAAGCGAAUAAUAGUUCGAGCCCGUCGCCAUUGUCAAAUCCUGACGGCCCUCAAAACAUCCCCAACGACCUCAUGGAAAAAAUCCAAUUGCCUGAGCUGUCCACGCUGAAAACCAUCGCCCAGCAGGUAAUAGACAGGACGACGAUAGAGAAUCAACAGCAACAGCAGCAGCAACAACAACAGCAGCAGCAGCAACAGGUGAUAUUGGAGACGCCCCGCAGCCAGAGCCAAGCCAAGACGGAAGCCCACAUACCUCCGCUGUUGGGCGUCGCUCCCCUGGGAGCAGUACCCCUACAGAAGGAACACCAGCAGCAGUUCCAGCUGAUGGAACCAGCGUACUACCACAUGCCGCAUCCUUCGGAUACGGAAAGAAUACGGACCUACUUGCCGAGGAAUCCGUGCAAUACCCCUGCGUAUUACAUUCAGGCGCCCUUAUUCAAUUCUGAUACGCCAGAAUUCUACCAACGGUUGGGUACGGAGACGUUGUUUUUUGUAUUUUACUACAUGGAAGGGACUAAAGCGCAGUACCUGGCCGCGAAAGCUUUAAAAAAACAAAGCUGGAGGUUUCACACUAAGUACAUGAUGUGGUUCCAAAGACACGAAGAGCCGAAGAUCAUCAAUGAAGAGUAUGAACAGGGCACCUACAUUUACUUCGAUUACGAGAAGUGGGGACAAAGAAAAAAGGAAGGUUUCACCUUCGAGUAUAAAUAUUUAGAGGAUAGAGAUCUUAAUUAAAUACUAUUUAUAAAA